UUGAUGUUCUUCGUUUCUUGCUUUCUUGUUCCUCUGCCACAAUAUCGGUCUCAACGCAAACUCUGUCCAAAACCACCGCUUGAUUCUCUCUUAUCUCUUCCCAAUCUUAUCCUAAUUCAUUCUUCCCGCAAAUUUCUCUUCUUACACUCUUUCUCUCUCUCACUCUGCUUCCAACACCAAUAAAGCUAUCUUCUUCUGAACCCAGAAAAGGAAAAAAAACAUGGACCUUUAUGUAAUAAAAUCUUCAUGUAUUCUGUAUUGUAAAAAAUGAUUUCUUUUUGUUAAUUUCUGAGCUUAAUUGGUUCACCUCAUUUCAAUCAAAUUCUGAUUUUUUGUUUAGUUGUGUUGAUUUGGGUUUUCUCUGCACACACACUCAAAGGCUGCGACUUCUUCAAGGGUUGAUCGAAAAAUGGUGUCUGGGAACGACCCAGUUGAGUCCUUCUUCAAUUCCAUUCAGGUUGUGAAGGAAUCGCUGUCCCCUUUGGAAGUGGGUAUUCGGAAAGCUGCAAAGGAUCUUGAGCACUGCUUCCUGUCAGGGCACAAGAAUAAGGGCACGAAAGGUGUUUGUUUGAUUGCCCAGGUGAAGCAAGGUGGUGAAUUUCAGAUCUGCGAUGUGAAGAAGAAGAAAGGGUUGUCAAUGAAGGUUCCCUUGAAGGCUUUCUUGGGUAUUUUCUCACAAAACUCAGUGAGUGGUAUUGGGAAUGUGAAUGUGAAUGGUGAUGAGGUGGAUAAGAAGGGUGAUGGGUCUUCUUCUUGCACCAAUUGCUUGAAGUUUGCAGUGACUUGGUCUUUGCUGGUUAAUGGUUUCCUUCAGGCUCUCCCAGCUCCUUUCAAAGCUGGGAGAAAGAGGUCUCAGAAAAUGGCUGGUGAUGAAGAUGGGAAGGUAUGUUCAUGCAUGAAGCCAAGUGUUUCAUCGAGUGAAGUGACGCAGAAUGAGACCAAGGGCCAGUUUAUUAGGACAGUUAAGGAAAAAGGUGUGAAGUGGAAGGAUGGUAAACAUGUCUCACUUGAAUGUCUUAUAGGUUUAAUCUUUGAUCAGUUGAAUCAAACCAUUCAGAGUCUUGAUCAUGGUCUGCAUGGAAAUGACCCUGAAAAUGUGAAAACUUCACAACCUUCUAUACCACCUCAGAUUGGUCAUGUCAAUGCAUUCACAAACUUCUUGGAAGGGCACAAAAUGGAUGUGAAUAGCUUCUUGGGAAAUUUGAAUUUUGCAAAGGUAGGUGGUGUGCCAUCGGGUGUAGCUGGAGAAGAAAGUCCUUUAUCAAGUGAAGAAGGAUAUAAUGGUAAUAAUGCUAAUAGUGGUAAUGAUGAUAACAAGGAGGACGCUGGAGGGAUUUCGCCGCAGAAGGUUGCCUCUAACAUAUUCAGUAUUCCUCUAACAAAUGUGGAGCGUCUAAGGUCUACACUUUCCACUGUUUCAUUGACAGAAUUGGUUGAGCUGUUGCCACAGCUCAGGAGAGCAUCGAAAGAACACCCUGAUAAGAAGAAACUGAUCUCUGUACAAGAUUUCUUUAGGUACACAGAGGCUGAAGGGAGGAGGUUCUUUGAGGAGCUGGAUAGAGAUGGUGAUGGCCAAGUAACCCUGGAAGAUCUAGAAAUUGCAAUGAGAGACAGAAAACUGCCACGAAGAUAUGCCAAAGAAUUUAUGAGCCGUACAAGAAGUCAUUUGUUUUCUCGGUCCUUUGGAUGGAAGCAGUUCUUGUCAUUUAUGGAACAAAAGGAGCCGACAAUUCUUCGUGCAUAUACUUCUCUGUGUCUUACCAAAUCGGGGACACUGAAGAAGAGUGAAAUAUUGGAAUUACUAAAGAAUGCAGGGCUGCCUGCAAAUGAAGACAAUGCAGUAGCUAUGAUGCGAUUUCUGAGGGCAGACACAGAAGAAUCUAUUUCUUAUGGACAUUUCCGUAAUUUCAUGCUUCUGCUUCCCUCUGACCGUCUUCAAGAGGAUCCUAGGAGUAUAUGGUUUGAAGCUGCAACUGUAGUCGCUGUCCCACCACCUGUCGAAAUUCCUGCUGGAAGUGUUUUAAGAUCUGCACUGGCUGGUGGCCUUUCUUGUGCCCUCUCUUGUGCAUUACUGCAUCCAGUUGAUUCAAUCAAGACUCGAGUACAAGCAUCAACCAUGUCCUUUCCUGAAAUCAUUGCCAAGCUGCCACAGAUUGGAGUUCGGGGUUUAUAUAGGGGAUCAAUCCCUGCAAUUCUUGGACAGUUUUCAAGCCAUGGCCUUCGAACUGGGAUAUUUGAAGCAAGUAAAUUGGUGUUGGUAAAUGUAGCUCCUAACCUACCGGAACUCCAGGUACAAUCUAUAGCAUCAUUUUGUAGCACGUUUUUGGGAACAGCUGUGCGGAUUCCAUGUGAAGUAUUAAAGCAGCGGUUGCAAGCUGGUCUUUUUGAUAAUGUUGGUGAGGCUCUUGUUGGGACUUGGCAGCAGGAUGGUCUUAGGGGUUUCUUUCGUGGAACCGGGGCUACCCUUUGUCGUGAGGUUCCAUUUUAUGUUGCCGGCAUGGGACUUUACGCAGAGUCUAAAAAGGGUGUCCAAAAACUGUUGGGGCGGGAACUAGAGGCCUGGGAAACAAUAGCAGUCGGAGCUUUAUCCGGGGGGUUGGCUGCCGUUGUCACGACGCCAUUUGAUGUCAUGAAAACUAGAAUGAUGACUGCGCAGGGUCGGUCUGUGUCGAUGACCAUAAUAGCCUUCUCUAUACUACGGCACGAGGGCCCCCUGGGGUUGUUUAAAGGAGCAGUGCCAAGAUUCUUUUGGAUAGCUCCCCUAGGUGCCAUGAACUUUGCAGGCUAUGAGUUAGCAAGGAAGGCCAUGAAUAAGAAUGAGGAGCUAGCUGGUAAGGCUUCGGAGUAAUGUUAAUUAAAACCUGAAUUUAGCUGCAGCCCUUGGGGAAUUUCUUACUGGGAAAUUUUUGAGCACUGACUGAGUUAAUUGCAGCUCAUGCCUGGAUUUUCUUUAAUCUGCGGGUCAUUGAUGCUGCACUGAAAUUCACAUUUUGUUUCCUUUGUUCAUUUUGUACUUUUUUUGAGUCUGCCAUUUGUAGCAGCAGAAUCAACAAAAUUUUCUUGUACUUCCAAUUGAUUUCUUCAUCUAAUGUAUAGAUUUUAAAUCUAUCAUAAUCUUUCUCAGGUUUCUUCUUUUUGAUUUCCUGGCUUACUUAAUGGUCGUCUGAUUUUGCACUGCCUGAAGUCAU